AUGGCGGUGCUUGGCCUCGUGAUGGCCAUGGCCUUCCCGUCCCACGCCUGGGCUUUGAUCGACGUGCGUCUCAAGCCGGCCUCGCGCCCCCUUCCCCCAGGACACCUGGCCCGAUGGAGCUGGCAGGCGCCGGGUGCUGUUCAGUUCAAUGUCACAUCGAAGGAAAAAACGCUGCUGGAUUUCUACGUGGUUUCAGGAUCCCGGGCAGAGCUGCACUGGCAGCGAUGGAUCCAGGAGGUGGAGCCUGCUUGCAAGCAGUGCCCUGACUUCCACCUCUACCAGCCACUGGGAGGGAACGAGACGUUGCUCAUUGUCAGCAACAAGGACGGGCAAGUGGGCGUGCAGUUGGAGUUCGUGGAGACCCUGUUCGGCGUGGAGUCCUGCAUGGAGGAGUGUUUCCUGAAGCCGACGGAUUUCGUGGCCGCAGCAGUGGCGGCAGCUUCGCUCUUGUGCUGCGGCUUCCUUCUCAGCCGAUCCCUGGCCCGAGAUGAGCGCGAGGGCUCUGGUGAAGGCACCGGGGAUGCCCGCCCUUGGGAUGAAGCCUGGGCACCGCAUCUGCUACAGUGCAAGAGGCCGCCAAAGCCUGCUGAGUCGUGGAGAGCGUGGAUUCUGCACGCCUGCAUCGUGACCUACCCGUGGAAUCCCUGGUGCAACGAUCCCCUGACUUUCGGCUUCCGUUGCCUCGUCCUGGUUGUCAGCUGGGGGUUGACGCUCUUCGUGUCCACCCUGUAUGGCGAUGUCUUCGGCGAGUGGGACCGAAGCAGCGUGAGGGUGGGCGCAGGGUCCCUGACGGACAACGGGUCCGGAGAUGGGGAGGCCCCGAGCAUGGCAGGUGUCAUGCUGAUCUCCAGUCUAUCCAUGCUCAUGGAGACGGUUUUGCGGAUCCUCGCGCUGAGCAUCUUCCGGUGCAGCUUGGCGGCUUCGCGUGUCCAGCGCAGGUGGAGAACCAAGGCGAGUUCGCUCGGACUUGCUGCAGCUGUCGUGGCGGCCUGUGUUAUUUACCCACUGACGGACGUCCUCUCGAAGCAUCGCUGCGGCUAUGUGCAGCACCUCUUCUUGCAGUUCUUGGUGUCAGAGUCCGUCCGUGGGCUGCCUUUGGCUGCAGUUGUCGCUUCCAUUCAGUAUGGCUUACUCAAGGCCUUCGGAGGCGGAGCCAACCUGAGAGAGCUGGCAUUGUCGGAGCUGAGUUUUGAUGCCUCCUGA